AUGGACCAAACUCUGAGCAGUGGCAGCAAGACUGCCCGCACAUCUUCUUUUACAACAUCCCCACCAACCAAGAAAAACGGCCAGCUCAAGAGGGGGGUAUUUCAUAUACCCUUAUCCCAGAAAGAGCUGUUUGAUAUGGACCUGUGUUGGAUUGAAAACAUUCGAGCUCAAGGACAUGGCACCUCCGUCGUCCCGUCCAGUGUUCUGAGAGAGGUGCGGAGUUCUGCCCUCAAGUCGGCUGCUGCAGCUUCCAAUAUAUCAGAAAAAGCGCCCUCUGGUACGACCGCUUCUCCACCCGCGACGCCCGCUUCAAAAGACAAGAUGUCCACAGAAACGAUCACAAGAACGCCAGCAGCAGCUCUACGAGAGCCAUCUGAAACCCUGUCCGCAAAACGACACCAGUCGGCUAUAGCAGACACACGAUCGCCCAAGGUGCAGAUUUCAAGGACAGAAGCUCCGCACGAUUCUGAUUCAUCUCCUCAACAGCCGGAUAUCCCACUCCCUAGUAUUGAGGUGCCAACAACGGGACUGCUUGAGAAAAGAGUCCCUGCAUUCUCUCAGAUGGAAGCCUCCCAGUCGUUGGCGAAGACAAGUUCCAAUAGAGAAGAGCCUCUUCUCUCGCAGGAACCUCCACGGCCUUUUUCUCCAAGUUGGUCUAGCGAAGCAGAUUCCAGUGACGUGGAAGACCAGGACACCCCAAUUUCUGCCAAGCAAGCUCGACAACCAGAAUCGCUUACCAGAGGGCACGUUUUGGCACCUUUGGAGAACUCGGCCCUAAAUUUACGAAGCAGCAGUCCACCUGAAGAAUUGGACGUGGAGGUUCCCGAUGCUCUUGGUGGAAAAAAUUUGCACACGCAAGCUUCAGAGCGGCAAUCAAGCCGAGAGCACAGUAGAAGUCAGCCAAAGGAGGGAGGCCAGAUUGAAUCGCCCCUGCUAUCAAGACACCAACAGCGACAAAAUUAUCAUUAUGUGAACAGUCCGAGCUCGCCAUCAGACAGCCUUAUCCCUAAUAAUCACAAGAACACAACUCUUCACGAAGAAUUACAAGAGCACGGACAAGAGGUCUCGCAAACCAUCCAACAUGAACGGAGGCGGCGACUUAUGAAAGAGCCUGUAUUUCCGGAGCUUGGUGGCCACAGGGAAGUAGUUGUUUCGGCAGGGCCCAAUAGUUCCAACUUCGGCUCGAUCGUGAAGCGUCGCCGAAGCACAGGUAUACACCCCUCAGAGGCUUCGAGGGAUUGUGUUACCGAUGUGGCGAUAGGUCGAGUACCUGUGCUACGAAGUGGUACAAAGACAUACGUGGCCCGCCGCACUGAGCAUCGCAAGUCAGCUCCUGCUAAUUUCAUGGACCACCUCGAAGUUGUCGCCAUGGCCCAUACCAACAAGCCAAGCCGCGGAUUUUCAAUGGGCACUGGAGCAAAUCCAAUAUAUACUUGGAAACUUCCGUACGAGACUUUCAAAUCGGCGUAUCCGGACUUCAUGGGAGACCUAGAGGACUUUCUCAGGGCAUGCUUCUGUAUUCAAGGGUUUGCAAGUACAGGCUCGCUCGCUAGUUUUCUGUAUGACGAUGUCAUCCGCGCAUAUGUGGAUUUUAUAGGGUAUGUCCACGCGGUAAAAUCCGGCAAGACGAUGAAUCUAUUGGAAUGGUACAACCGCAACGUCGACGCACUUCAAUAUAGCAAAAAGGUCGUCACCACUGAAAACGUUGCAUCCAUUUUGGCGGCCUACCCGAAGAAGGUAGACGUAAUACGGCAAAUCGUCCACAGCAGCCAAGACUUUGACCCCGUCAGACGGGAAGCAGUUCCUACUCUGGAGCCGGAACGCACAGACGGCUCUGAACAUGCACAAAUGGUACCCAACGACCUGAUGGAGCGCGUAGCCAGGCAAGAACUUAGUCUUCCCUCAACCACUUUGGCUCCUCUGGCAGAGUCAGACUGCGCUAGUGAUAGCCUUUGGCCACACGGCCAACUCAGCAGUCCGCAGAUGAACGCGUCUUUAUUCGGGCCCAGUGCCCUCAGCGAUGACACCGGCAAAGAUCAAAGUCAAGAUUUAUAUCAAAGCCAACGACAGAGUCAGCCGAAUCACCAUAUCCAAAACAGCUCGUCUGGUCUGGGCGUCACGGAGAGUCCAUUAGCACUGCCAAGCUCGCUGGCUCCAACAGCCGCCAUACCGCUUGGGAUGGACCGGGUCAGCUACAUGUUGCAGUCGCCGGCUUGGCGCUCGUUGGCCGAUGUAUCACCACCGCGGCAAUCGACAGAAAGACGCACACGAGAAAAGUCCGCGGAGAUGAUCGUGGAGAGUGCAAUACGGAGGCCGACUAGAGAACCCGUGGUACAGUCUGUACAGCAGGCGCCAGCCGACGGGACGACCAGCCGAAAACGGAGUCGAGAGGGAGAUGACCUGGGGUAUAACGCACAAACCAAAAAACGGCACACUUCGGGCGUCCUUCCCAACAAUGCUUUGUCAAAUCCGAAAAUUGCGGAGCAGAAACGGCGCGAACAAGACUCAGAAGACGACUGGUUCGAGCCGCCGCAACACAGGCCCCCGGCAGCCAAAGCUGUGGAGUCAUCUGUCCAACCCCAGCCCGCCCGCACUGAACAUCGUCAGGAUACAGUUGUCACAUCGAAUAUGCAGACAACAGAAGCAAGCAGUAGACGCUCUCCCGCCCUACUGAAAUUGGCAGCGCCGUUGCCGAAGAAGCAAAGACAACCAGUGCAGGCGUUGCCUCUGUCGGAUGCUGAUAGGGCCAGACGGUUUGGCGAAUUUUUGAAGUCGAAAGUCAGAGCAAAGAAAGGCUCUGGGCAGAGAACGACUUGA